CCUAGCACCCGAUCGGGAAGUGGCGGGCGGAGUCCCGGGUCGAGUCACCGCCUAAGCUACCGCCGCCGCCGCCGCCGCCAGUGGCGAGACCCCGACCUGGCGGGUCAGCGCUGGGCGUGCGUGCGAGCAGGCGGGGGCGCUGACGAGAAGCAGGAAGAGGGUGCAGUGCCGGCGUGGGCGGCCGGCCGAGGCGGAGGCGCAGGAAGGGGGCGGCGAGUCGUGCGAGGCUGCUCUUCUCACUCAGCAUUAUGGAUCCAAGCCUGUUGAGAGAAAGGGAGCUGUUCAAAAAACGAGCUCUUUCUACUCCCGUAGUAGAAAAACGUUCAGCAUCUUCUGAGUCAUCAUCAUCAUCGUCAAAGAAGAAGAAAACAAAGGUAGAACAUGGAGGAUCGUCAGGCUCUAAACAAAAUUCUGAUCAUAGCAAUGGAUCAUUUAACUUGAAAGCUUUGUCAGGAAGCUCUGGAUAUAAGUUUGGUGUUCUUGCUAAGAUUGUGAAUUACAUGAAGACACGGCAUCAGCGAGGAGAUACGCAUCCUCUAACCUUAGAUGAAAUUUUGGAUGAAACACAACAUUUAGAUAUUGGACUCAAGCAGAAACAAUGGCUAAUGACUGAGGCUUUAGUCAACAAUCCCAAAAUUGAAGUAAUAGAUGGGAAGUAUGCUUUCAAGCCCAAGUACAACGUGAGAGAUAAGAAGGCCCUACUUAGGCUCUUAGAUCAGCAUGACCAGCGAGGAUUAGGAGGAAUUCUUUUAGAAGACAUAGAAGAAGCACUGCCCAAUUCCCAGAAAGCUGUCAAGGCUUUGGGGGACCAGAUACUAUUUGUAAAUCGUCCCGAUAAGAAGAAAAUACUUUUCUUCAAUGAUAAGAGCUGUCAGUUUUCUGUGGAUGAAGAGUCAUCAUGAAGAUGAUAGCCACCAAUGGGCCAAUGUAGUUACGAUGUAUUGGCAACUUAGAUGUCAUAACUGGUCUCUUCCUUAAGUGGUAAAGAAUUCUUGGUAAAGUUCUGAAAAUACAAAGUACAUUUCUUCUGUGAUUUAUCAAGGUUAAUGCUGUAUUCUGUGUACAGUAUACAUUGUAUAUUCCUAGAAAAGUUUAUUAAAAGUGCCAAAAAUACUUUGUUUAUAUAUGUUAAAUAGAAUUGGGUUUGUAGGCUCAGCUUAUUGUUAUAAACUGGUAUUUUUCACUGAUCUGUGUCCCUCUUAAGAAGGAUGGUGGGGGUUAAGCAGGGCUUUCGACCUUGGCAGUGUUAACAUUUGGGGUUGGUUGAGUAUUUUUUUUUUGGUGUGGGGAGUGUCCUGAGCCUUGUAGGGCAUUGAUCAGCAUCCUUGGCUUGUUUAGAUACCAGUAGCUUAGCUUCCCUGCAGUGUGACAACCAAAACUUUCUUUAGACAUUAUCAAAUGUCACCUGGAGAACAAAUUCCCCUUGUUGGGAACUUGGUAAAAGGUCCAGUUUAUGUUGAUAGAAUAGAGGAAGAUUGAGACCCACUGUCUUCAGAUUCCUUUUCCUGGCUCCUGUCAUUCUGCACACUUGGUGGUGGAAGAAGAUCACAGUGAAUGAGGUUGCUGUCCUUGACCUUCCAGGCUGAGUGGGUAGAAUGGCAUAGGAAGCGUAGUUCAGCUGUUUGCAUUUUGUCAUUUUGGUGUUCACACGGUGCUGUAGAGACACCAGAGGGAACAGCCACUUACAGGAACCUCGGGUAAGGUACCACCAGUCUUUUAGUUGAAAGUGCCAGUAUUACGUAAAUCAGUAACAAAAACAAAACAAAACAAGUUUUUGUUAAUGAUAUAAGGAAUGUGUGUUUCCAGGGAAGACCCAUUGAAAACAGACACGUUUUAACAUUCAUCUCUAGCCUCAGAAUGCUUUAUACUUUGUGUGAAGAUUUUCGUUUCGUUCCACUAGGUGGCAACCUUAGCCAUAGAGAGGAACUCUGAGUGCGCACACUUCAGGCACACAGAGGGUUCUGUCUGUAAUAGAAGCACUUGUCCUAAAAUGAGAAUAAGCUCAAGGAGAAAGUUGAUGGUGUAGUAAUUUUUUAAUCCAGUGUAGAAGUGAACACAGAGUAGUUGGACCUAGGCAGGCAACUUAUUUUUCAAAGGCAUUUCUUUCCUUAAGUCAGAAGCUUAUUCAUUUAAAGGUAGUAUAAAUGUGAUGGGGAAGAGGCUGGUGCUGAGGAGUUAGAUUGUAGGUUUUAUCUUUUUUUAAUUUAUUUUUUAUUAUUAUUUUUUUACUCUAAAGAAAGAUUUAUUCAUUCCAUGUAGGUUUUAUCUUAGCUCAGUCCCUUACUAGCCUAGGCAAGACACUUAACCUCUCUCUGAGAUUCUUCAUCUGUAAAAUAGAAAUAAUAGUAUUGUUACCUCAUUGUCUUUGAGGAUUAAAUGAGUGAAUAUAAAUAAAAGUGCUUGGAACUUGGAACAGAAUCUGGUGGAAAGUAAGAACAUGGUAAUGUUAACUAUUAUUGGUAUCGGAAAAAUAAAAUGGUACCCACGGUGCUAGUCAUUUUAAUCCUACUUAACCUGGUUAUUUAUUUAUCUAUCUGUCACUGACUCACUUGUUUUAUAGUUUUGUGUUUGGUUAAACAGAUAGCAAAGAAAGCCAAUUUAGCAGUCUCAGGCCACAUUUGUGCUGAUUUUUUGCAGUUACGUUAUGGUUUUUGGUGUUUCUGAUGAGAAUUCUAAUGGACAAUCUUUUUCCUCAUUGCUGGCAACUUUUUUACUUACUGGAAGCUUAAACAGUUUCACCUUUAUCUUAAGAAUUCAGGAUUCUUAUAGUAGCUACCACUUUUGAGUCUGUGCUCUGGGGCUCUCAUACUGUUUUAGAUCAUU